UUUAAAAAUUGCUACACAAGUAAAGUAGCAUUACAAUUUAAAUUCUCAACUUUACGAAUCCCAUUUACAUGGAGAACAGUUUUAAUAGAAAUAUAUGUAGAAUAUGUUUUCAAGAGCAAACUACAUUAUUUCCCUUGUUUAUAGAACGAAGAGAUUCAUCGUGCCGGUCUUGGUCACCUUACCACCAACUUGUGAAUAGAACUGAAUUAAAAAUAGCCGUCGACGAUGGCGGGCCGACUUCUAUAUGUGUACAGUGUUUAACAGACCUCGAAACUACUGUGAAUUUUCUAGAAAAAUGCGAGAAAUCGAAUGAAAUACUCGCUUCCCUAUACAGUUCGUGUGCAAGGCCUUUUGAGUCCAAAAUAGUCGUUAAAGAUGUGAUGGACGGUAACGAGAACUGUUCAGAGACUGGAAAUUAUAAGAAUUCGGAUCAAAACCAAUGUGGAGUGGAUGCUGAGAGGAGUAAGAGUGCUAGUGCUGAGGAAGUGGUGGACAGUACGAGUCGGUGCCCCGAAUGCGGGUCGGGGCGUCGGUGCCAGCACUGGACACCACCAGCCACACACAGAUGUCCACUCUGUCACAAAGAGUUCACUAGGAAAUUCAACUUUAAACUGCACCUCAAGCGUCACAGUGGUGAGCGAGAGUUCCCGUGCGCGUCGUGCGGGCGGCGGCAGGUGACGCGGUGCCUGGCGGCGCGGCACUGCCGCCCGCGGCCGCGCCGCGCCUGCCCGCAGCCCGGCUGUCUCAAGACCUUCACCACCAACACCAACCUCCGGACUCACCUCACCACACACACCGGUGAAAGACCACAUGCGUGUGUUGAGUGUGGGAAAACUUUUACAUCUAAAAAUACACUCAAUGACCAUAAGAGGAUCCAUACAGGCGUGAAGCCGUACAUGUGUGCGGAGUGCGGCGCUCGCUUCGCCACCAACAAGCUGGCGGCGCACCUCCGCUCGCACCGGCGGGGCCCCGCGGACCGCGGGGUGUGUGCCCCGGGCGCCCCGGGUGCCCCGGGUGCCCCGCGUGCCGCCGGUGCCCCGCAGCCCGGGGCGGCCCCGCACGCGUGCCGGGCGUGCCCCGCACGCUACCGACACUCACAGUCGCUCAACAAGCACGUACGACGACACCAUCAGAAUAUAGCUGAAUCAAAACCUUUGCUGGAAAAGCAUCAAUGAAGACUCACAAUUAUAAGACAUCCAGCUCAAACGAACUUUAGUGUUCGGUGACUCGCGACGAAUAAUUUUUUUAUCGCUCAGGUCUAGUCAGGGGCUGUUCAAGUAUUACGUAAGCACUAU